GGUGGAGGGGGGCAAAAGAGGAAAACUCAGGAACCUCAGCUGAUCUCAAUGAAAAUUGUGUCCUCAUAUGAGGUGAGAGGUGAUGGUCUCCAAAGAAGCUGGGUCCCAAAACAUUAGUGUGAAAUUCUAGGUGAUCUCUGUUGACUUCAGUGGAGUCAGGAUUUCAUCUUUUCACCCUUCUCAUAUUAAAACCAAUGCUGAGAAUCACAUCAGAAAUAUAGUGAAGGCUGGAACAGAUCAGAGCUCAGGUAUACAGUGUAUAUACUCGGGUCACCCUGCCCAUUCACGGUCCACUGAAAUGGCUCUGUGGCAUGUCAGAUUAAUAUAAGGGUAGUUAUCAGUGACACCUAUACCUGAGCUGGCAUGUCACUUUCUACUACAAAUGUCUUUUUCAGUUGCUUGUAACUUUUCCAAAUUUCAAAUAUUCAGGUUGAAAAUUUGCAUGCCAGGUAUUUGCCCCAGGUUGAAUUUUUGAAAAGUUUGUACCUGCUGACCUUUUUGUUUCUAGCAUGUUUUCCUCCUGAGCUUGUUCUCUUUUUGUUUUGGUGUAUUUCACAGCUCAGUUCAGAGUGAUGGGUCCUAGUCACCCUGUCACUGCCAUUGUGGGUGAGGCCAUUGUGUUACCCUGUCACCUGUCCCCCAGGAUGAGCGCUGAGAACAUGGAGGUGAGAUGGUUCCGGUCUGAGUUCACUUCAAUUGUUCACCUGUAUCUGCAUGGGAAGGAUCAGUAUGAGAACCAGAUGCCAGACUAUAGUGGAAGGACAGAGCUUUUGAAAGCUGGCAUCACGGAUGGGAAUGUUUCCUUGCAAAUUCUUAAUAUCAGACACUCAGAUGAAGGACAGUACUACUGUUUUGUUCAAGAUGGUUCUUUUUAUGAAGAAGCCCUAUUGGAACUGAAGAUAGCAGCUUUGGGCUCCAAUCCCCUCAUCUCUGUGGAGAGACACCAGGAUGGAGGGAUCCGGGUGGUUUGUCAAUCGGCUGGGUGGUAUCCAGAGCCCAAGGUGCUAUGGAGAGAUCGCAGUGGGCAAGAAUUACCAUCGCUCUCUGAAGCAAAAUCCCUAGGGGAUAGUGGCCUGUUUGAAAUAGAAAAUUCUAUUAUUAUAAAAGAACAUUCAAACCAGAACCUGUCCUGUUGGGUCAGGAACACCUUUCUCAAUCAAGAAAAGGAAUCAACAGUUUAUAUAGCAGAUUUCUUUUUCCCGAGGGUGAAUCCAUGGAUGGUGACUCUGAGUGUGAUUCUUCUGGUUUUGUUUGCUGUCAUUGGCCUCACUCUUUAUCUAUUUAAAAUAAAAGGGAAACAUCUUCCAGAAAUCAGGAAACGUGAUACAGAAAUCGAUGAUCUUCAAAGAGAACUCGACUGGAGAAGAAACAUCGUCUGCCCAGGGCUGGGAAGUUCUGCGCCACCUGUACAAGAAGCGCAUGUGACUCUGGAUCCAGACACGGCUCAUCCCAAUCUCGUCCUGUCUGAGGAUCGGAAAAGUGUGAUAUGGAGAGACACAGAGCAGAAUCUACCCAACAACCCUGAGAGAUUUGACUCAUGGGGCUGUGUGCUGGGCUGUGAGGGAUUCACCUCAGGGAGACAUUGCUGGGAGGUGGAGGUGGGGGAUGGGGGAGGCUGGGCUGUGGGGGUGGCCAGAGAGUCUGUGGGGAGGAAGGGACGGAUCAGCCAUAGCCCUGAGGGGGGGAUCUGGGCUGUGCGGCGCUGGGGGGGUCAGUUCCAGGCUCUCACCUCCCCUGUGACCCCCCUGCCCCUGAGCCGGGUCCCCAGCAGGAUCCGGGUUUGUCUGGACUGUGACCGGGGGCAGGUGACAUUUAUCGAUGCUGGUGACGAGGCCCCGAUCUUCACUUUCCCGCCAGGCUCCGUCCCUGGGGAGAGAAUCCGACCCUGGUUCUGGGCGGGGCUGGGAUCCCGGCUCCGACUGUGUCCCUGAGACACACAGCUGAGGAGGGAACCAGAAAUCAGCCUCUCUAGCCUCAUGGAUCCCAGUCUCUAUGACCUUGGAGGACUCCCAUCUACCCAGCCCCUUUCUCCUCAUCUCUAUGGCUGUUGGAAGCACCUCCCCCUCCCUCUCUGCAGCCUCGGGGAUGGAGGGAGGAGGGGGAAGAACCCCUGGGGCUGCAGGAGGGGC